AGAAAGAAGGAAGAGGAGACAAGGUUGGGAGAGUGUGGAGCAUGAGAAGCACCACAGGUGGGGAUUGACCUUAACCGUGUAUAUAAGAGUGCACCUUCUUUGACCACACAUUUCUUCUCUCAUCUGCCGUUCGAUUUCCUGUUUCAUCGACGCCAAGCUAGGGUUCAAAGGUCACCAGUAACAUUUGACAACAAACCAUUGUCAAGAUGUAUAAGAUUUUAUUGAUGUUGGCGAUGGGAGUGGCUCUCACGACUGCUCAAAUUCCCAACCUGGGUUGGUGUCCAGAUUAUGUGCCAAUGGCUGACUUCGACAUGGAGAGGUAUCUUGGAACGUGGUACGAGCAGGAAAGGUACUUCAGAGUGAUGGAAGCUGGCAGCCGCUGCGUCAGAACCAACUACACCAAGGCAGUCGACGGCCGCAUCCUCGUCGCCAGCGAAAUCACUGGAAGAUUAUCCGGAAUCAAGCGCAUCUUGGACGGCGAGAUCCCUCACCUCAUCAAAGGCGCCGAGUCAAAAAUCAAUGUCAAGUACUCGACACUACCCUUCCCCAUUGAGAUGGCAUACACAGUUCUUGACACCGAUUACGACACAUACUCAGUAGUAUGGUCUUGCUCCGGACUGGGACCAGUCAAUACACAGAGCGCAUGGCUGAUGACGAGAGAGCGUUUGGCUCCUGGCACAGUGCUGCAGAAGGCUUAUGGAGUGCUGGACAAGUACAAGAUCAGCCGCACUUUCUUCGUGAAGACCGACCAGGCUGACUGCGCCAUCGCCGAAGCUGCAGCCGCCGCCGGCCCCGACGCUGUCGACGAAAACAAGCAUGAGGUGAUCCAGACCAAAUCGGCGGCCCCAGUUCCAUCUGCUGAGAAGACCGACGCCGUGGUGGCCGAGGAGGUCGUGAAGCCCGCACCUGCAGCAGUCGAGCCAGCUGUUGUGCCAGCUGCAGCUGUGCCAGCUGUUUCAGCUGUUGUUGCUGAGGAGAAGCCGCAUGCCGACCACCCAAGCCCAGUCAAGGCCGAUCACGCCCACCACGCCAAGCCACACCCCAAGCCCGUUCACUGGUGCGCUGCAGCUGUGCCAGCUGUUUCAGCUGUUGUUGCUGAGGAGAAGCCGCAUGCCGACCACCCAAGCCCAGUCAAGGCCGAUCACGCCCACCACGCCAAGCCACACCCCAAAGUCUGCACAAUGAAGGCUGUACCACUGGUAUCGGUACUUCACUGCUUUUUGGUGUUGCUGGUGUUUGCUGAGAUGGUUCACUGCCAGGUGCCGUUUCUUGGCGCAUGUCCUGAAAUGAACACCAUGCCGGAUUUCGAACUGAAUAGGUAUCUGGGCAAAUGGUUCGAGGCGGAGAGAUACUUUUCAGUGUUCGAGUUCGCGGGAAAGUGUGUGAGCGCCAACUACACGAUAGGCGAGGAUGGACGCCUUAACAUCAUCAACAAGCAGACUAGUUCUUUAACAGGAAUUCAUUCAAGUAUGGCUGGGGAGGUUCGCUUGGAAGAGAGGAUGGAUACAUCGAAGCUGAAUGUUAGAUUUCCUUCGUUGCCAUUGUGGCAUCUUGCAGUGAUCGUCGACGCGCCCUACUGGGUCCUCGAGACCGACUACGACAACUACUCAGUCGUCUGGUCUUGCACCAACUUUGGUCUCUUCAGCACCAGAAAUGUGUGGAUUUUGACAAGAGCGAAAAAUCCAACGCUGGAAGUAAUGGAGCAAGCUUAUGGCGUCAUUGAUAGGAAUGCUAUCAGUCGAGCCUACUUCAUCAGAACCGAUCAGAACAACUGCCCCGAGUAUUACAGGAGAUGAUCACAUCUCGCCAAAACGACUCAUCAUUCGAUCCCACACGUAAUUGCAUUUUAUUUCCAUUGAUUCUCUGAGAGAGAUGUCAGUUUAUAUUUACCUCAUUGUUAUCACUGUGUGAUUUAUCUUGUACGGGAAUAUUUCAAACGAUUUUCAUAGAUACAGUUUGUUCAAUGCUUCUUAUGAAAGAGUAUGGAGAAAAAAUAGACUGUGAAUUUGCUCAUUAUAAUGUCACUGCACUAAUAAUUAUUUUAGAGAAUUAAGUCACUUGAACUUAUUGCACUUGAUAACUUGACUUCAUUUCCACUAAAUAAUUACUCCAAAAAUGAAUUUUCUCAAAGAUAAUGUUCUGAUAAAAACUCUACAUCAUUCGCUGGAAAUUUCAAACUUUAUCAAUGGUUUCAUUUCAUGCCAAAAAGAAGAAGAAAUUGUGAAAUUAGCUGUAGUGAUAAUGACUUGAACAUAUUUUGGUUCUAAAUAUAAUUGAUAUGGGAUAAGUAUCAUCACCAUGAACAUCAUGUAAAAUAUACAUUGGAAAUCAUUUUUGUAAAUUAUCAUAUUUCAUUUGAAACUGUAUCAUCUUUCAUCUUUCAUGGCGGAUGUUGAAGACUGACCCGCUUUCUAUUAUUUAUUUAUUGUAUUAUAUUAGAUUUAGUAUUUAUUAAAUAUAUUCACUCGAAA